UCAUCUCAAUCUACAUGUAAACUCACAAAGGCCCAAAUCUUUUCUGGCACAAAGAAAAAACAUACACACACAAUGGUUGCUCACAAAAACAAGGUGGUGGUAGUGAUGGUUCCUCUUCCAUUACAAGGCCACAUAAACCAACUCCUCCACCUCUCCCGCCUCAUCUCCACCCACAACGUCCCCGUCCACUUCAUCGGCACCGCCAUUCAUGCGAGUCGAGCCAAACUCCGGCUACAAGGGUGGAACCCUAACACAAUAUCCACUAUAUUCUUCCAUGACCUCCCUAUCCCACCCUUCUCAUCCCCCCCUCCCAACCCCAACUCCACCAACAAGUUUCCAUCUCAUCUUCAACCGUUAUGUGAAGCUGCCACCCAUCUCCGCAGCCCUAUCACCUCCCUCCUCCGUAAACUCUCCCCCACCACCCACCGUCUUGUUAUUAUCCAUGAUUCCCUCAUGGGCUCCGUUGUUCAAGACUUUGUUUCUCUCCCAAAUGCUGAAUCUUACACUUUUCAUAGUGUUUCGGCUUUCUCCAUCGCGUUAUACACUUCUGAGGAGGUUAGAGAACAAAUCCGAAAUCUUGUUGAACCUAAUGAGCUUACGGAAGAUGAGCUUGGGUUUGAAGGUUGCUUCACUUCCGAGUUCAAGAAGUUCAUUGCGGCUCAACACGGGUAUGCAAAACUCAGCUCGGGCCGGAUAUAUAAUACGUGCAGAGUCGUCGAACAACCGAUCUUGGACAUGCUUGAAACGGAAGCAAGAAAGAGAAACAAAUUGCUUUGGGCUCUUGGUCCUUUUAAUCCUGUCAACUUUCAAAGUGGCUCAAAAUUCUCGGGAAAAGAUAGUGGUCCAGUGGAGCGAUGCCUUAACUGGCUUGACAAACAACCCUCAAACAGUGUCAUCUUCAUCUCUUUCGGGACAACCACGUCGUUCUCCGAAAAACAAAUCAGUGAGAUCGCGACCGGGUUGGAAAAGAGCGAACAAAAGUUUGUGUGGGUCGUGAGAGACGCGGAUAGAGGAGAUAGUUCAAAAGACAAUACUAUUCCUGUCGAACUCCCAGAAGGGUUCGAAAACGGUGUUAAAGAUCGUGGGUUGGUAGUUCGAGAGUGGGCCCCGCAGUUAGACAUACUGGCCCACCCGUCCAUUGGAGGGUUUGUGAGUCAUUGUGGAUGGAACUCGUGCAUUGAAAGCAUGUCAAUGGGUGUUCCAAUAGCUGCAUGGCCCAUGCACUCUGACCAACCGAACAACGCGGUAUUGGUAACCAAAAUUCUUAAAGUAGGGAUCGUUGUGAAAGAUUGGUGCCAGAGAGAAGAGGUGGUGGCAGCCGAAGUGGUGGAGAAGGCAGUGAAACGAUUGAUAGGAUCAAAGGAAGGGGAGGAGAUACGGAAGAGAGCGGUGGAGAUCGGCCACCGGAUAAGAAAGUCGGUGAGAGAUGGUGGUGUUACUCAAAUGGAACUGGAAUCCUUCAUUGCUCACAUAAGUCGAUAGAUUAUGUUUUGGGCGACUUCAUUUUGAAACGUGAUGAAUAUUUGUUAUUGAAAUAGCAGUUGUCAAUUUCUGUUGUGUUUGUUGUUGGGGGUGGGGACGAGUUAUAUGGAGGGUCCGGCAGCCACCCUUACCAUGUGUUUGUGUGUUUUGUCGAUUGUCGACAUAUAGAUUUAUUUUCUAUAUUGAGGUAUCAUGUUUCAAGUACUUUGUCAAAUGUUAUGUUUUAUA